AUGUCUGGGGCCGACAGCUCCAGCCUGACCCCAGGGUUCUUUAUCUUGAAUGGCGUCCCUGGGCUGGAAGCUGCACACAUCUGGAUCUCCCUGCCAUUCUGCUUCAUGUACAUCAUCGCUGUGGUGGGGAACUGUGGGCUCAUCUACCUCAUCAGCCAUGAGGAGGCUCUGCACAGGCCCAUGUACUAUUUCCUGGCCCUGCUGUCCUUCACUGAUGUCACCUUGUGCACCACCACUGUACCCAAUAUGCUCUGCAUAUUUUGGUUUGACCUCAAGGAGAUUGACUUUAAUGCCUUCUUGGCCCAGAUGUUUUUUGUACACAUGUUGACUGCAAUGGAGUCUGGAGUGCUUAUGCUCAUGGCACUGGACCGCUAUGUGGCCAUCUGUUACCCCUUGCAUUAUGCCACCAUCCUCACCAACCAUGUCAUCGUCAAGGCUGGUCUUGCCACCUUUCUGAGGAGUGUGAUGCUCAUCAUGCCAUUUACCUUCCUCACCAAGCGCCUGCCCUACUGCUGGGGCAACUUCAUUCCUCACACUUAUUGUGACCACAUGUCUGUGGCCAAAGUGUCCUGUGGCAAUUACAAGGCCAAUGCUAUUUAUGGUCUCUUGGCAGCUCUCCUGAUUGGGGGUUUUGAUAUGUUUUGUAUCUCAGUGUCUUACAUGAUGAUCCUGAGGACGGUGGUGAGUUUGUCAUCUGCAGAUACUCGUCACAAGGCCUUCAGCACCUGUACCUCCCACAUAUGUGCUAUUGUCAUCACAUAUGUUCCAGCCUUAUUCACUAUUUUUACUCACCGUUUUGGGGGACAAAACAUUCCCCACCAUGUCCAUAUUAUUAUUGCUAAUCUCUAUUUGAUGUUGCCUCCUACCCUGAACCCCAUUGUUUAUGGAGUCAAGACCAAGCAGAUCCAGGAAGGAGUUAUGAAAUUAUUUUUUAGGGAGGAAAAUGUCUUAAUGAAAUAAAUUGAUGAUUUAAUACCAAAAUACAAGGGAAGACAAAGAAUACUUUAGAGAAAACUUGUGAGUGUGAAAUUAAACCAAAGAUGUCUCAUUCCAGAAAGCAAGAUUUAUUGAAUAUUUUAUAUUAACUGGAUUUUUUUAGUGGCACCCUAUCAAUGAUAAGAAACAAUUAAAUAAAAGAUAUGCCACCUGUAUUAGAGGAGUUCUCUCUUAAAAAGAAUUCCACAUUAGUGUAAUUUCUAGGUUGUUAGGAAGCAAUUGUAUUGCUUAGGCUGCUAAUAUAUUUUGCAUGUCAAACAAAUCUCAAACGUGAUGUACAUUAGAAAGAAAGUUAAGGAUAUCCUGAUCCUUUGAAGACGUAUUCUUGGAGUUAAGUAAUUA